AUGAAUUCUUUACAACCUACAGCUCCCGAUUCCUCCCGGUUAAAAAUUGCCGUUGUGGGCGGCGGUCUUGGUGGAUUAACACUUGCAUCCGUCUUACAACAUGCCUACAAGAUCAAGUGCACCGUCUUUGAGCUCGAUGACACCGUAGACAGCCGUAAUCAAGGUGGAAGUCUAGAUCUUCAUUUUGACUCUGGUCAACUUGCUCUCAAAAAAGCUGGAUUAUUGGAUCAGUUUCGAAAGCAUGCCAGAUACCAAGGACAAGAUCAUAUACUCACAGAUAUGACUGGCAAAGUACUGAUGCAACAUGUCGGUAGAAAGCGAUCAACUGGAGGAAGAUUUGAUCGUCCAGAGAUUGAUCGUACAGUUUUACGACAAAUGCUUAUUGAUUCCCUUGAUGAGGAUACAAUUCAAUGGGGAAAGAAGGUGAUCAAGAUUGAAGAGGAAUCCAAGGACAAGAAUAAUGGGAAUCAUCGCCACACAAUCACAUUUCAAGAUGGUCGAAAUGAAACUUUCGAUCUGGUUGUUGGAGCCGAUGGUGCAUGGUCCAAAAUCCGCAAAUUUGUAUCCGAAGUAACUCCAAUUUAUGGAGGCGUCUCCUUUAUUGAAGGCCUAUUGCCUAAUGUGGACAAUGGUCACCCAAAAUUAUCGAAACUGGUCGGCAAUGGAAGCUUCUGGGCACUGCAAAACAACAAAGGCCUAUUGUGCCAACGAAGCGGUGAUGGAUCUGUUCGUGUAUCCGCCGCAUUUCGUAUAGAAGAAAACGGUCUUUCUCACCUUGAUUUUUCUAACCCUGAAAUCCCACGAAAGUACCUCAUGGACCUAUUUAGCGAUUGGGAUAAUUCAUUGAAGGCGCUGAUUGAGGAGAGUUCAACAUUCAUACCACGGGGUAUCUAUAUGCUACCAGCCGACUAUACAUGGAAAUCGCAUCCUGGAGUGACAUUGAUUGGUGACGCUGCUCAUUUAAUGACACCUUUUGCCGGUGAAGGUGCAAAUAUGGCAAUGCUCGAUGGUGCCAAGUUGGCAGCAGCUAUCUCCAAAAUUAUGAACAAAGGCAAGGAUCUUGCUACUACAAUAGACAAUUUUGAAAGAAAGAUGCAUAAUACCGUCACCGGUCUGGCCACUGAAAGCACAAAAAAUAUGGAUCUGAUGAUAUCCGAGAAUGGCCCACAAGAAGUUCUAAAAAUGUUUAGAAUAUUGCGGUGGUUGUCUCCGGUAAUCAAGCUUUUUUCUUGA